AUGAGUAGUAAUAGUGGAAUACUAAAUAACAAUAGUAAUAAUAAAAAUAAAAUUGUCAGAGUUUCCAUUAGAAGUAAACAAGAUAUCAUUAAAGAGUUUUCAACAGGGUAUCCAACAAUAUUGGAAAACUAUAUCGAUAAAGAUGAGUAUUUAGAUGUAAUCAAAAAGUUAAAUGGAUACGAUGGUGUUUUAAAUAAAAAGGCAAUUACAGCAUGUAUAGUUAUACUGUUAAUAGGUAUUGUGUGUUGUGUGUUGGGUGGUAUUUCAAAUAUGUUAUUAAAUAAAGAUAACAAUAAUAGUGGUUCAACAGGCGAUCAACCCCCAUCCGUUGUGGCAAGUCAAAUAGUAUUCUUUUCAGUGGGAGGCGUAUCUUUAAUAAACUCUAUAGUGUUUUUAAUAUUUAUUUAUAAAGUGCCUUUUAAAAAUGUAAAAACCAUUAGAAAAACCUUAUCAAGAUAUAACCAAAAGUUUUUAUCAAGAAAAAUCGAAUUCUCACUAGAAUGUGAGAAUGAUGAGUAUUUUAUGAAAAUAAGUAUACCUUCAAAUCCUUUACCAUACAGCGACUCAAAAAAUAGGUAUAACGAAAAAACCUCAUUAUUAAAGCAACCAGCAAAUAAAAGAUUUAAACAAGUAUUGAUUUUUGACCCCUCAUAA